CGAAUAGAUACUGCCAAUCUGUCGCAGUAUCAUUGCAUUGUGGAUUUAGCCCUGAAGUAGUCGUGUAUUGAAUGGUCUUCAACCGCGAGAAAGUCGUUCUGGUCGCGUCGAGGGGAUGGAAGUCGAGCUUCCGCGCGACUGCUUGUCGCUCUUUCCUACAGUAAUGUUUUAGGCGCCACUCGCCGAUUGAAGCGUUCCUGCCUACCAUGAUGAAGCCUCAAGCUUCGCAUCACUCUCAUCACUCUCAUCUCUCUCUCGCCGAAAGCUGCACCAAAACCACUGCAUCAUUGCACAAACGAGAUGUCGCCCCUCGAGCUCUCCGCUGGAGCGCUUCAAUUAUCACUCAUUGAUGCCUAUAUCAUCGACUUGCAAGACACGUUCACUCAAGUGCUAGGUCCCGGCACUACCUUCAUUGGACCGACACGUUGUUGCGCACUGCUCGGAGGCGAGAUCGUUACACAGAUUGAUCAGCUGCCAGCUGGAGUCGCUCUCAGCGAUGCCGCUGACAAGUUCGAUCAAAUUGCUCAAUACUCUAGAUUCAUCGCAUCAUUCUGGAUGGAAGACGAUUCGUUGCAUGCUAAGUUCGUUGGCAAACCCAACAUUCAGAUUGUGCUUGCCGGACCACAGCUUACCCGUGCCGAGAAGGACUUCUACUAA